AUGGCUACGGGGCUCCUUGUGCCCCUGCAAGGAUUGGUGGGGCUACUUCUGCUCUGUGCCUUGCCCUGGACUGAAGGUGGGACAGUGCUGGUGAUUCCCGUGGAUGGCAGCCACUGGCUAAGCAUGAGGGAUGUUGUGAGGGAGCUCCAUGCCCAGGGUCACCAGACUGUGGUCCUGGCUCCAAAUGUGACUCUGUACAUCAAAGAUGAGGACUUCUUCACCCUCCGGACCUAUACCAUUCCAUACACUAAGCAGAGAUAUAAGCAACAAAUGGCAGGAGGCGUUAACCUGGUCUUUGAAACCGGAAACUAUAUGGAGACAUUCUUUAAAAUAGUCGAGGCUUUCAAAAAUAUAUCAACACAGUUGUCAAAGUCUUGUACAGAUCUACUGCACAACGAGACCCUGAUCCAGCAUCUGAACUCCAGCUCAUUUGAUGUGGUCUUAACGGACCCAGUUGUCCCCUGUGGGGCAAUGUUGGCCAAGUACCUCCAGAUUCCUGCGGUGUUUUUUCUGCGCUACAUCCCUUGUGACAUUGAGUAUGAGGCUCCACAGUGUCCAAACCCUUCUUCAUAUAUUCCAGCUCUACUGACAAGGCUGUCCGACCACAUGAACUUCCUGCAAAGGACCAAAAACAUGCUGUUCUCUCUCACCUUGAAAUACUUAUGUUAUAAAUCUUUCAUUCCGUUUGAGAGUCUGGCCUCUGAGCUUUUCCAGAGAGAGGUGUCCUUGGCAGAGGUUCUCAGCCAUGCAUCUGUGUGGCUGUUCCGAAGGGACUUUGUGUUCGACUAUCCCAGGCCCAUCAUGCCUAACAUGGUCUUCAUUGGGGGCAUAAAUUGUGCCAUCAGGAAGCCACUCUCUCGGGUCUGUAUUGAAGCCUUUAACCAAUCAAUAUUCUACGCAGAAUAUAUUUUCUAA